AUGUCUGCCGGAGAUAUGCAAGACGAGCAGCUCAAGGAGGCUCUCAUCACCUACGAGAAGCUCCAGGCUAUUGAGGAUAGCUUCGAGGAUGUUGAGCUCGAGAUCAUCCGUCAGCAGGACAAGCUCACCAAGGACCUCUACGUCAAGCGUGCUGAGGUCAUCGCCAACAUUCCCCAGUUCUGGCCCCUCGUUUUCGAGCAGUCUCCUCCCGAGGUUGACGAGUACAUUCAGCCCAGCGACUCCGAGCUCCUUCUCAACGCCCUGACCGGUCUCACUGUUGAGCGCUUCGAGCUUCCCAACGGCGACCCUCGCUCCGUCUCCCUCAAGUGGGAGUUCAAGGAGAACGAAUGGUUCGAGGACAAGGUUCUCGAGAAGAAGUUCUACUGGCGCUUCCACAAGGAUGGCUGGGCCGGUCUCGUCUCUGAGCCCGUCGACAUCAAGUGGAAGGAGGGCAAGGACCUGACCAACGGCAUGCUCAGCCUUGCCAAGAAGGUCUAUGACGAGGAGAAGGCUGGCCAGAAGCUCGGCGAGACCGAGAACUCCAAGAAGCUUCUCAAGCUUAUGGAGGAGACCGGCAUGGGUGGUGUCAGCUUCUUCUGCUUCUUCGGUUUCCGUGGCCGCAAGGUUACCCCCGAGGAGUCCGAGGAGGGCCGCAAGAUUGAGGAGCAGAAGAAGGCCGACCGCAAGGCUGGCAAGAUCGAGGAGGAUGACGAUGAUGACAUGGAUGAGGACGACGAUGAUGAUGAUGAGUACGAGUACGAGAUCUUCCCUACCGCCGACGACCUCGCUGUCUUCAUCGCUGAGGACCUCUGGCCCGGUGCCAUCAAGUACUUCACCAACGCUCAGGAGGCCGACGACAUCCCCAGCGACCUUGAGUUCGAGGAGAUGGACGAGGACGACUCUGAUGAUGAGGCCCCCGCUCUCACCAAGGCUUAA